AUGGCAGGCGGCCGAUUUGCCGCGUGGCGGCGGCGGCCCGCGGGCAGCGUGGCUGUUGGCGCCGGCAAGCGGGGGGACGUGCUGCUCAUAGCGGACGCCCUCAGCAAGACCCACGAUGGGGACAGGAUGCUAUUCCAAAACCUGAGCUUUUCGAUCAGCGCGGGCGACAAGCUCGCCAUCGUGGGCCCAAACGGCGCGGGCAAGUCCACUCUGCUGAAGAUCAUUGCGGGCCAGAGCAACCACAAUGGCGGCGUGGUCACCCGCAACAAGGGGGCACGCAUCGGAUACCUCCCGCAGUCAGACAUGAUCCUGUCAUCAAGUGACGAGGAUGACGACGACGCCCCCUCCAGUGGCCGCAGCGGCAAGAAGGGGUCGGCGGGCCGCGGCGGGGGCGGCGGCGGCGGCGUCAGCGGCAUGACCGUGCUGCAGGCUGUGCUUUCAAGCGACAAUGACGUGGUCAGGGCUGUGCAGGAAUACGAACGGGCGCUCGCGGGCGCGGGCGACAGGGUGACUGCCGAGCUACAGGCGGCGAUCGAGCGGAUGGACGCCAUGCAGGCCUGGGAGGUGGACAGCGAGGUGCGGCGAUGA